CCGAGUCCCGAGCGCAUCGGGUCCAGGUGACCUUUGGGCACCGGGGACGGAUCCGAGACGUCGUCGGCGUCCGUGGGAGACGAUGCCUGAGCCCGAGGGACAGAUCACGGCCCAGGAGGCCAGUCAGAAAAUCUUCUCUAAACUUGGUUUACCUGUGCAUCCCUGGGAACAAGCCAUGAAGCAGAGGUUCGCCUUUGAUAAUGUUGGCUACGAAGGGGGUCAGGACAGCAUGUGCGCCUCUCCGGCUACCACCGGCACUGUUAGUAUUCUGGGCAUGACUUGCCAGUCGUGUGUCAGAUCCAUCGAGGACAAGAUCUCUGGCUUGAAAGGUGUUGUGAGCAUUAAGGUGUCACUGGAACAAGGCAGUGCCACUGUGAAAUACAUGCCAUCGGUCGUGAGCCUGCAGCAGAUUUGCCAUCAGAUCGAGGACAUGGGCUUUGAGGCCAGCCUUGCCGAAGGAAAGGCUGCUUCGUGGCCUUCACGGUCCUCCCCAGCCCAGGAGGCCGUGGUCAAGCUCCGGGUAGAGGGCAUGACCUGCCAGUCCUGUGUCAGCUCCAUCGAGGGCAAGAUUCGGAAACUACAAGGAGUAGUGAGAGUCAAAGUCUCCCUCGGCAACCAAGAAGCCCUCAUCACUUACCAGCCUUAUCUCAUUCAACCAGAAGACCUCAGGGACCAUGUCAGUGACAUGGGAUUUGAAGCUGCCAUUAAGAACAAAGUGACUCCUUUAAGCCUGGGACCAAUCGAUAUUGGCCGAUUAGAAAACACUAACCCAAAGCGACCACCAGCUUCUGCUAACCAGAAUUCCAAUAACUCUGAGCCUUUGAGGUACCAGGGAAGCAAUGUGGCCACCCUCCAACUAGGAAUAGAUGGAAUGCACUGUAACUCUUGUGUCUUGAAUAUUGAAGGAAAUAUAGGCCAAAUCCCAGGGGUUCAAAAUAUUCAGGUGUCUUUGGAGAACAAAAGUGCCCAAAUACAGUAUGACCCUUCUCAAAUCACCCCCUUGUCUCUACAGAGGGCCAUCGAGGCACUUCCCCCUGGACACUUUAAAGUUUCUCUUCCAGAGCUUGAAUCAGCAGAAGGGAGUGGAUUGGAGGAUGCGCCUUCCAGCCUUCACUGCCCGGGCUCCUCCCAGAGCCCGGCGGUGCAGGGCGCGUGUAGUACCGUGGUGCUUGCCAUCACUGGUAUGACCUGUAUGUCCUGUGUCCAAUCCAUCGAGGGCUUACUCUCUCAGUGGAAAGGGGUGCAACGAAUAUCCAUCUCUUUGGCAGAAGGGACUGGAACGGUUGUUUAUAAUCCCUCUGUAGUUAGCCCAGAAGAACUCCGAGUGGCUGUAGAAGACAUGGGAUUUGAGGCGUCAGUGGUUCUUGAAAACUUCCCUGUCAGCCAUGUCAGAAACCAUAGCCCGGGGAAUUUCGUGACACAGACCACAGGUGGCGCACCGUUGUCUGUGCUGGAAGUGACUCCCCACGCCAGGGGCCCCCCUGACAACCCUGGCUCUGGCCAUGCAUCCAGUGAUCCACCAUCCAGCACAGCAGUGCCGCAGAAAUGUGUUUUACAGGUCAGAGGCAUGACCUGUGCUUCCUGUGUGUCUAACAUAGAGAGGAGCCUUCAGAAGGAAGCCGGUAUUCUCUCUGUACUGGUUGCCUUGAUGUCGGGAAAGGCAGAGGUCAAGUAUAAUCCGGACGUCAUCCAGCCGCCCCAAAUAGCUCAGCUCAUCCAGGACCUGGGCUUUGAAGCAGCAGUCAUGGAGGAUAACGUGGGCUCUGAAGGUGACAUUGAGCUGAUUAUCACAGGGAUGACCUGCGCGUCCUGUGUUCACAACAUAGAAUCGAAGCUCACCAGGAUGAGUGGCAUCACUUACGCCUCCGUGGCCCUUGCCACCAGCAAAGCUCACGUGAAGUUUGAUCCUGAAAUCAUUGGUCCUCGGGAUAUUAUAAAGAUUAUUGAGGAAAUUGGCUUUCAUGCAUCCCUGGCACAGAGAAAUCCCAACGCUCAUCACUUGGACCACAAGAUGGAAAUAAAGCAGUGGAAGAAGUCGUUCCUGUGCAGCCUCGUGUUUGGCAUCCCUGUCAUGGGCCUGAUGAUCUACAUGCUAAUCCCCAGCAGCAGGCCCCAUGAGCCUAUGGUUCUGGAUCACAACGUCAUCCCAGGGCUGUCGAUUCUAAAUCUCAUAUUCUUCAUCCUGUGCACCUUCGUUCAGUUCCUCGGCGGGUGGCACUUCUACGUGCAGGCCCACAAGUCCCUGAGACACGGGUCAGCCAACAUGGACGUCCUCAUCGUUCUGGCCACAACCAUCGCCUACGCCUACUCCUUUGUCAUCCUGGUGGUUGCGGUCGCUGAGAAGGCUGAGAAGAGCCCCGUGACGUUCUUUGACACGCCGCCCAUGCUCUUUGUGUUCAUCGCCCUGGGGCGGUGGCUGGAGCACGUGGCAAAGAGCAAAACCUCAGAAGCCCUUGCCAAACUCAUGUCUCUCCAAGCCACAGAAGCCACAGUUGUGACCCUUGGUGUGCACAACUUAAUCAUCAGGGAGGAACAAGUGCCCAUGGAGCUGGUGCAACGUGGAGAUAUCAUCAAGGUUGUACCCGGUGGCAAGUUCCCUGUGGAUGGGAAAGUCCUGGAAGGCAAUACCAUGGCUGACGAGUCCCUUAUCACAGGAGAGGCCAUGCCUGUCACCAAGAAACCCGGGAGCAUGGUGAUUGCCGGCUCCAUAAAUGCCCACGGCUCUGUGCUCGUUAAAGCCACCCACGUGGGCAGCGACACCACCUUGGCUCAGAUUGUGAAGUUGGUGGAAGAGGCUCAGAUGUCAAAGGCACCCAUUCAGCAGCUGGCUGACCGGUUUAGUGGAUAUUUUGUCCCGUUCAUCAUCAUCAUUUCAACUUUGACGCUGGUGGUGUGGACUGUAAUCGGUUUUGUCGAUUUUGGUGUUGUUCAGAAGUACUUCCCUAACCCCAACAAGCACAUCUCGCAGACGGAGGUGGUCAUCCGCUUUGCCUUCCAGACGUCCAUCACUGUGCUGUGCAUCGCCUGUCCCUGUUCCUUAGGGCUUGCCACGCCCACAGCAGUCAUGGUGGGCACUGGAGUGGCCGCCCAGCAUGGCAUCCUCAUCAAGGGAGGCAAGCCUCUGGAGAUGGCACACAAGAUAAAGACUGUGAUGUUUGACAAAACUGGCACCAUUACCCAUGGUGUCCCCAGAGUCAUGCGGGUCCUGCUGCUUGUGGACAUGGCUGCACUGCCCCUCAGGAAGGUUCUAGCUGUGGUGGGCACCGCGGAAGCCAGCAGCGAACACCCCUUGGGCAUGGCAGUCACCAAAUACUGCAAAGAGGAACUUGGAACAGAAACCUUAGGAUACUGUACGGACUUCCAGGCAGUGCCAGGCUGUGGAAUUGGCUGUAAAGUCAGCAACGUGGAAGGUGUCCUGGCUCACAGUGAGCAGGCUGGUCAUCUGAAGGGAGUUGGCAGCCCUCACACAGGGAAAGACGCAGGCCCCCAGACCUUCUCUGUGCUGAUUGGAAACCGUGAAUGGAUGAGGCGCAAUGGCUUGACCAUCUCCAGUGAUGUCAGUGACACCAUGGCAGAUCAUGAGAUGAAAGGACAGACGGCCAUCCUGGUGGCCAUUGAUGGGGUGCUCUGCGGGAUGAUCGCCAUUGCCGACGCCGUCAAGCCAGAGGCCGCCCUGGCUGUGCACACACUGAGAAGCAUGGGUGUGGAUGUGGUUCUGAUCACAGGGGACAACCGGAAGACAGCCAGAGCCAUUGCCACUCAGGUUGGCAUCAACAAAGUCUUUGCCGAAGUACUGCCUUCGCACAAGGUGGCCAAGGUCCAGGAGCUCCAGAAUGAAGGGAAGAAAGUGGCCAUGGUGGGGGAUGGGGUGAAUGACUCCCCCGCCUUGGCCCAGGCUGACAUUGGCAUUGCUAUUGGCACCGGCACAGAUGUUGCUAUAGAGGCGGCCGACGUGGUCCUCAUCAGAAACGACUUGCUGGAUGUGGUGGCCAGCAUUCACCUUUCCAAGAGAACCGUGCGCAGAAUCCGCGUCAACCUGGUGCUCGCACUGAUUUAUAACAUGGUCGGGAUCCCCAUUGCAGCAGGCGUCUUCAUGCCCAUUGGCAUUGUACUGCAGCCGUGGAUGGGCUCCGCAGCCAUGGCGGCCUCCUCCGUGUCGGUGGUGCUGUCCUCUCUGCAGCUCAAGUGCUACAGGAAGCCUGACCUGGAGAGGUUCGAGGCACAGGCCCAUGGCCGCAUGAAGUCUCUGAGCGCAUCCCAGGUCAGUGUGCAUGUCGGCAUGGAUGACCGGCGGCGGGACUCCCCCAGGGCCACAUCGUGGGACCAGGUCAGCUACGUCAGCCAGGUGUCUCUGUCCUCCCUGACGUCCGACAGGCUGUCUCGUCACGGCGGCAUGGCAGAUGACAGUGGGGACAAAUGGUCUCUGCUCCUGAGUGACAGGGAUGAGGAACAGUGCAUCUGAGAGCUCCAGGUGGCAGGCCAGGGCAGCCAGGCCCUGGGGGCGCCCACGUCCACUUGCUGUGGGUGAGUCCGGAGGCGCAGCCCCCGAAGGCGGCAGUGGCUGGGUGAAGGUCAUCAGAGCCUUGGGGCUCUCGCUCUGUCGGACAGGCUGCGGCAUUUCCUGCGGCAUGUGGCCUCACCCACCGCGACUUCAGAGGCUGGCUAGGACUGCUGCCCGGGAAGCCUGCUGGGCCAGGCCACAGCUUUGCUUGGACUCCAGCACUGGAGAGGAAGCCAGCCCAGAGCUCGGCUCGUGCUGCAUGGCCAGCUACCUGUGAGGAGGAGGGAGAGCAUCAGGACCCAGAACCUAGCCAGGCCUCUCGGGACGGGUCGGCCGACACACACGAGGGAGGCUCCUCUUCAGACGCCCGCGGGCCUGAGAGCGCACUUCCCCUCAGACACCCGCUGAGCUGCUGCUGGCACAGCCUGGCCGCUGGGCGUCCUUCAUGCGGGGAACAGGCCUGCACAGCUGCUGAGGGGUACUUAGAGCAGCCCCUGGCUCUGCGGGAGGCUGUUACCUGGAGCGCGCCCCAGUUGCUCCCCUUGUCACACAAAGGAGAAGUCUGCUGCUCAGAGCUGACUGUGGAGUCAAGUCCCACUUGCCGCUGCUGGCUCCCAGAGGAAAGGCUCGGAGCCUGGCGCAGAGUCGAUGCCCAGCUUCCCGCGGCGUCCAGGUCUUCGCUGCCGUAGGCCUCCUGACAUCUGCUGUGGUCUGCAGUGCUCAAAGAACGUGGCCCUUUGGAGUGCUUGAAUAUACGGAACCUUCCGGUCACUCCAUAGGGUCUAGUGGGGUUUUUCACAAGAGCCUGGAGGAAACUGGCCCAUCUGAGGAGACAGAGUUCUGAGGAGCUGUCUGUUGCUGAGGGGGAGCCCGGGGAGCCGGGGCAGCGGCGGCUGCUGCUCUCCAGGGGAAAGUCGGUGACCGGGUGUCAUCGGGGGCUAGGAUGGGCCCAGCUUUAAACUCUGAAGUUGGUGAAUGGCCAGACAACCUGGGAGCAGACUGACAGGAUCAGGUUACUCCUAAGUGAGAUCCUGGUGUGACACAAAAUAACUGUGUUCUUUAUUGAAUGUCAUUUAUUUCCCAGGGGCAGUGUUAAUACUUUUUGUAGGUUACUUCUAAUGCUCCAACAAACUACCAAGGGACCUAGUAUUAUAUACAUUUUACAAACAAGGAAAUGGGCUCAAAGGGGACCAGUAUCUUGCCCAGGAACAUACAGUCAGUACACUACUGGUUCUGUGACUCAGAGGCUUUUCUGUAUGUUUGCUGCUGUCUUAAAUAUCAGCUUGCUCGUCAAGAGUAAACGAGACUGGGUCCUUGCUCCUGGAAGAGCAAAUGUGCCAGGCAAUCGUUAGUUGUAUCAACUUAGAAUGUGGUUGGUCAGAGGUCACAUCACCUCAGAGUAGUUAGCUGUCAGUCCUCGCGCCAAACCUGUCCUGUCUUGAUGCUUGUUUUGGGAUAGUGUUUUAUUUUGGAGCUAGGCUAAUCAUUUUCUAAAGAGUAUAAUUGUAUUGAUUUUAGAUCUAAGACCCCAGGCAUCACGUUCAUAUGUAGACCCACAAAUAUUUAUACAAUUGUACAGAAAAUAACCUUUUAGAUAGUCAAUGUAUCUGGACUUUUAUUUUUUUGUGUGGGGGGGAUGUCAGAUAACAGUUCUGGUUUUAAAAACUUCCCCUGCAAUGUGAGAAUAAAACUGUGGCUUGUUCACCCGAAA